CAGAAAGACAUUAUCAACAUGAGCGGCCGCGGAAAGACCGGAGGGAAAGCCAGAGCGAAGGCCAAGACCCGCUCCUCCCGUGCAGGACUGCAGUUCCCAGUGGGUCGUGUCCACAGACUGCUGCGUAAAGGCAACUACGCUCAGCGCGUCGGUGCCGGCGCCCCCGUCUACCUGGCGGCUGUGCUGGAGUAUCUGACCGCUGAGAUCCUGGAGCUGGCUGGAAACGCUGCCCGCGACAACAAGAAGACCCGCAUCAUCCCCCGUCACCUGCAGCUGGCUGUCCGCAACGACGAGGAGCUCAACAAGCUGCUGGGGGGGGUCACCAUCGCUCAGGGCGGCGUGCUGCCCAACAUCCAGGCGGUGCUGCUGCCCAAGAAGACCGAGAAGGCCGCCAAGGCCAAGUAAAGCUGCUGCUGAACCCCGGAACACAACGGCUCUUUUAAGAGCCACACACUCCUCUGAGAGACACGAUUACCCAGUAUUUUAACAAUUACUAUGUGAUUUUGUGCUUUUGUUCUCUCACAUGGAAGUCGCUUUAGAUAAAAGCGUCUGCAAGAUGACAGCAUAAAACCACUAAAGGUCAAUCCACUAAUA